AAUUCUGCAAGUUGUUUUAAUUUACUAUCGCUGUUCUCUAGCUGGUCUAAAACCGCUUUUGACCUAAAGGGAUGUUUUUUGGACGCCAUGGACAUUUCUCAUUUUCCAGGCAGAAAGAACAGUAAAAAUGCAGGCAGGGCACAGGACAAAGCACUAGGGACAAAAUGCAUGUGAAAUGCUUUGAUACAGUAAUGUUUUACUAUGUGAUUUUAUGUUUAAAUUUUUAAAAUUUCCCGCCCCCGUACGUCCCGACGUCACAGGGACUGGAACCCGGAAGACAGCUGCAGGCAUCGGCCGGAGGAGAUGGCCGGGGACGCUGCAGGGGACACAU